AUGGCGGCGUCCAUGGCUCAACUUUGCCGCUAUGUUUUAAGACGUAGGUCUUGUUUUCAACCAACUACGUGUUUCGCGCUCGAAUGCAAAUUUCACCGUACCGUCCCUGCAUGUCAGGGACUACUUCACGCUCUUAAUAAACGCGGAAUUUUAAAGGAGUCUUUCCCGGAUGACGCAGCGUGCGACCGACUCCCGCGCUUGCUGCAGUCCGGUGCUCAGACCGUGUACUGCGGCUUUGACCCCACGGCCGACAGCCUUCACGUGGGCAACCUGCUGGCCCUCAUCGGUUUGCUACACUUCCGUAGCGCCGGCCACCAUGUGAUCGCGGUGCUCGGUGGGGCCACGGCGCAGAUAGGCGACCCGAGCGGGAAAACAAGCGAGCGGGAGCGGCUGUCCGCAGACACCGCGGAGGCAAACACUCGCGGCAUCCGUGAUGGCAUUCACAGAAUUUUCACCAACCACGAACUGAACUUCCACGACAGCUCCAAGAAGCUGGGGACCGUGACGGUACUUAACAACUUGAGCUGGUACAAGGACUGGAAUGUGGUGAGGUUCCUUGCUGAGGCCGGGAGGCACUUUCGCAUGGGCACCAUGUUGAGCCGCUACAGCGUCCAGUCCAGGUUGCGGAGCUCGGAGGGCAUGAGCCUGACCGAGUUCACCUACCAAGCGUUUCAGGCCUACGACUUCCACCACCUGAACCAAAUAUACGGCUGCAAAAUCCAACUGGGGGGCACCGACCAGCUGGGAAACCUCAUGUCCGGCCACGACUUUAUUCACAAAGUGAGUGGUGAGGAGGUGUACGGUCUCACCCUCCCGCUGGUCACAAGCACGACAGGCGAUAAACUGGGCAAGACUGCAGGAAAUGCAAUUUGGCUCAACCGUGACAGGACGUCUCCGUUUGAUCUCUACCAGUUUUUCUUACGGCAGCCUGAUGCCAGCAUAGAAAGGUACCUGAAACUGUUCACCUUCCUUCCUCUGGCUGAGGUGGAGAGCCUCAUGGAGCAACAAAGAGCUGAUCCUGGCAAACGACUGGCACAUAAACGACUGGCAGCCGAGGUCACAAAACUGGUUCACGGGAAGGAUGGCUUGGAGAGUGCCAAAAGAUGCACCAACAUUUUGUACCACAGCAGCGUGCAGGCGUUGGAGGAGAUGAGCGACUUUGAGCUGCAGGAGCUCUUCAGAGAGGCUCCCUUUCAUGAACUGCUGCUGGAGCCGGGGACCAGCGUCAUUAACGCGUGCCGCAUGGUCAACGCCAUCCCAGAGGGUCCCAAAGGGUAUCGGAUGGUUUCGGAGGGAGCUGUGUGGCUCAACCACAAGCGGACGGACAACCCGGAGCAAGUACUGAUCCCCAAAAUCCACAUCCUUGGUAAUGGGCUAACACUGCUACGAGUGGGCAAAAGGAACUACUAUAUUAUCAAAUGGCUUAGUAUCUGA